AUGCCUGAAAUGAUCAAAUCGCCCAGCGACAUCAAAACUGCACCUUUUGAUCCGCGCUUCCCAAACCAGAAUCAGACAAGGCACUGCUACCAGAGCUACCUGGACUUCCACCGGUGCCAGAAGGUCCGCGGUGAGAACUACGAACCCUGCAACUACUUCAUGCGCGUGUACAAAUCACUCUGCCCCAAUGAAUGGGUUGAUAAAUGGGACACCCAAAGAUCCGAGGGCACCUUCCCCGGCAGGAUCUAG